GCGGAGCGCUCGCACCAUGACAUCAGCGCGGCGCGGCCCCGGGGGAGCGGGCGGGGGGGCGGGAGCCGGCGGAGCGGCGGAGCGGAGCGGAGCGGCCCCGGGCAUGCUCCCGGAGCCCAAGUAUGACCGCUUCCGCGACGAGCCGCUGACCGCCCCCAUGCCGUCGCCGGCCCCCGCGCCCACCGGCGGAGCCCCCGGGCCGUGCCCCGCGGCGGGCGAGGAGCCGGAGCCCGGGACCACCUUCUGCGCGCUGCUGCCGCGGAUGCCGCAGUGGAAGUUCCCCGGCCCCGGCGGCUUCCUCGGCCGCGGCCCCGGCCGGGAGCUGGCGGGGGCCCGGGGGGCGGGGGGGGGAGGGGGCGGCGCGGGGGCCCCCUCGGCGCUGGCCGCCGUGCUGGGCGCCUGCGAGCCGCUCUGCGCCGCGCCCUGCUCGGGGCCGGGGCGGGCGCGCGCGGGGGGGCGGCGGGGCGCGCGGCGCGGGGGGGGGGCGGCGCGGCCCGGCGCGGAGGAGUGGAGCCGCAAGGGCAGCUUCAUCCGCAAACCGGCGCAGGGCUGGCUGCACCCCGACGAGCGGGUGCUGGGGCCCGGCGUCUCCUACAUCGUCCGGUACAUGGGAUGCAUCGAGGUGCUGCGCUCCAUGAGGUCCCUCGACUUCAACACGCGGACACAGGUCACCAGGGAAGCCAUCAACAGACUGUACGAGGCGGUGCCGGGCGUGAAGGGCAUCUGGAAGAAGAAGGCUCCCAACAAAGCCCUCUUCUCCAUCCUGGGCAAGAGCAACCUCCGCUUCGCUGGCAUGAGCAUCGCUGUCAACAUCUCCGUUGAUGGGCUGAACCUCAUGAUCCCCACCACACGCCAGAUCAUCGCCAACCACCACAUGCAAUCCAUCUCCUUUGCCUCUGGUGGGGACACGGACACCACGGACUACGUCGCCUACGUCGCCAAGGACCCCAUCAACCAGAGAGCCUGCCACAUCCUGGAGUGCUGCGAGGGGCUGGCGCAGAGCGUCAUCAGCACGGUGGGACAGGCCUUCGAGCUGCGCUUCAAGCAGUACCUGCACAGCCCCCCCAAAGCGGUGGUACCCCCAGACAGGGCGCUGGGUGCGGAGGAGUCAGCCUGGGGGGAGGAUGAAGAAGCAUCUGAGCACGAUUACUACAACAGCAUCCCGGGGAAGGAGCCACCCCCAGGGGGACUAAUCGAUUCCCGGCUCCGGCACGGCGCAGUCCUGGGCCACAUCCGCACUCAGCCAUCCGGCUCCAUCCCCCCCAGCCAGGGUGGGUUUGCAGCCAGGCGGGACCAGAGCAGCCAGCCGGGGCCACCCUGGGAGCUGGAGAGCCAGGGCCAGCCCUGCGAUGGGUACCUGCAGGCGGACGGCCACCCCCUGGGGCCACGGGACUACGAGGAGCACAUGUACGUGAACACGCAGAGCCUAGAUGCCUGGGAGCCGGAGGCGGCAGCUCGCGGGGUGCCGGAGGAGAGCCCCAAAAAGGACCUCUUUGAUAUGAGGCCCUUCGAGGAUGCCCUGAGGCUCCACGAGUGCAUUGCAGGGGGCGGCAGCAGCCCCCCCAUCGAGGACCAGUGGCCGAGCCCCCCCACGCGGAAGGCCCCCAUCGCCCCCACGGAGGAGCAGCUCAGGCGGGAGCCGUGGUACCACGGGAAGAUGAGCCGGCGGGAUGCCGAGAGGCUCCUGCAGAUGGAUGGAGACUUCCUGGUGCGGGACAGCCUCACCAACCCGGGGCAGUACGUGCUGACCGGCAUGCACAGCGGGCAGCCCAAGCACCUGCUGCUGGUGGAUCCCGAGGGAGUGGUGAGGACCAAGGAUGUGCUGUUUGAGAGCAUCAGCCACCUCAUCAGCCACCACCGGCAGAAUGAGCAGCCGAUCGUGGCCGCGGAGAGCGAGCUGCACCUCCGCCAGGUUGUCCGGAGGAAGCAGUGAUGCCUGGGGGUACGUGAGCCCCCAACCCACUCCCCUGGCACCGGACUCACCCCAGCCCUGGGGCAAAGCUGGGGCCCAUCUGCACUGCCCUCUUGCAGUUGUGCCUGGCCUUUGGGGGAGGCAAAGCCCCCCACACACCCCAGGGUCAGGCUCCCUGUCCCCCUCCCCAACAGGGUGUCAGGUCCCUGGCCCCGAAGGCCCCCCCUCUCCACCGCUGCCUCCCCUCCAUCGUCCACGUGGGGCCCCUUGCCCAGCUGGACACAGACGUUUAUUCCACGCGUGCAGGUGAAGUGCUGCCAGGGUGGGAGCUGGUGGGCAGCCUCGCCAAGAGGGAUGGAGCCCAAACCCAGCUCGGGCAGCAGUGCCUGCUCCUGCCCGGGGCUGCCCCCAGCUCACCCCAGUGAUGGAGGGGGCCUUGGUGGGCAUCCCUGUGGGGCUGCACUGUCCCCCUCCUGCCUGGGGGCCCUGCCUGCAUGGGGCUGUGUGCACCCAGCCACUGGUACUGCCAGCCCCCCUGCCAGCACUGUCCACCUGGUGCUGCUGCCCCCGGUGCUGGUUCCAGCUCCAUCCUGAUGCCAGGAAUUGGUCUCUGGAUGAUGGUGGAGCAAAGGGGGUUGGGACCAGUGCCAGGAGCCUUGUCCCAGGGCUCUCAGAGUGAGAUGGGGCAAGCAGGCUUGGCGUGUGUGUAUAUCCGUGUGCAUAUGUGUGUAUCCAUGUGCGUGUGUGUGUGUGUGUGUGUGCAUGUCUGCGUGCAUGCACAGGUAUAUGAGGGGCAGUGAGGGGACCAGCCCCUUGCCCACAGAGCUGUGCCUCUUGCCCAGAGCUGCUACUCAGGACCCAACUCCCUGCCUCACUCUCUCCUGUCUACGUUUGGGGGGUGCCCCUAUCCAUGGGGGCGCCCCGUCAGUGGUGGCUUGGUUCUGCCAAUGGGGCUGGGCACAAAUGGCUCCUGGAGGCCGGUGCUGCUGGAUGUCCAUGUUGAUUCCGCACUUCCAGCUGGAUUCUCCCCAGGAGCGGCUGCCACUUGAGGCUCCCGGCGGCCCCGAGCCCCCACAGCCCUCCCCAGGCUGGGGCUAUGAAGAAGCUGCUGCAGGGAAGGCGCAGGGCAGGGGCGAGCUACCGGCACUGGCUUUCAAGGCUGGGGAUGCAGGAGGAGAGGCAUCCCACAGUCCCUGGUGACCCCCUUGGCUGGCUUGGGGCUUUGCCAGGUUUUUAUGGCAUACACGGCCCCUUCUCCAGUGUGUCCAGCGCUCAGCAUGGGUUUGUGGUUUGGAAUACAUUUCUAAUUAAACCUGGAAAUGAACAA